AUGAAUUCAAGCAUCCCAGUCAGCCUCAACAACAUCACAACUCCUGCACCAAAACCUCAAAAGGAGAUCCUGAUCCUGCACUGGCUGAUACUUGGCAUUGCUCUGGUUGGACUGCCAGGAAAUGGGACUGUGCUCUGGUUUCUUGGCUUCCGCAUGCACAAAAAUGCGUUCUACACCUACAUUCUCCACCUGGCUCUGGCCGACUUCCUCUUCCUCUGCUGCCAAGUUAUUGAUUCACUUUUGAUAUUAACCAGAUUUCGCCAUCCUUUCUCCUUUAACAAUCCUUACCACAACUUCUUAAUUAUUGCAAAAGUCUUUCUCUACAUUGUGAGCCUGAGCAUCCUCAGCACCAUUAGUGCUGAGCGCUGCAUAUCUGUCCUGUGGCCCAUCUGGUAUCGCUGCCACAGACACAAACGCCUCCUGGCUCUGCUGCUCAGGGUCCGUAGCUCACAGCGGUUGCCCAUGACUCGGCUGUAUGUGACCAUUCUCCUCACAGUGCUAGUCUUUGUGCUCUGUGGUCUGCCCUGUGGUAUUACAUGGAUAUACGUAUUGGGAAAUGAAUUUCUUGCAAACAAUUACAUUCCCCAUUAUCACGUGAUAACAAUCUUCUUGUCCUGUGUUAACAGCAGUGCCAACCCCAUCAUUUAUUUCUUUGUGGGCUCCUUUAGGCAGCAGCUACGAGGACAGUCCUUCAAGCAGGUUCUCCAGAGAGCUCUGCAGGACACUCCUGAGGCGGGUAACAGUGAAAGUAGCUUGCCCCAGGCAACCCAGGUGAUGCCAGGGAGAAGCCUGUUGUAG